CCUUCCUCCUCCUCCCCUCCCUUCCUCCUCCUCCUCCCUCCUCCACCCCGCAGAGCAGCAUGGCAAAAUGGCUGCUGCCGCCGGGUCCCCCAGCUUUCUCCGUGGGACGCCCCGCGGGCCCGGCCUCGUCCUAGCUGCGGGGCCGUGGUGGGCACCAUGCCGUCGGGGGUCUUGCGGGCACCGGCCCUGGCACUGCCCGCUCUCCCCCUGGCCUCGUCGGCCCUGAUGCUACUGCUGAGCUGCCUGUGGUGGGCAGGGGCCGGCCACAGCCUGGCACUCAACCUGGACUUGACCCUCGGACACUGGCAGGUGUACCGGCUGCUGAGCUUCCCCCUGGGCCACACGGCCUUGCCGGGCCUGCUCCUCAGCCUGGCGCUCUGCCCCACCCUGGGCUGGCAGGAGGAGAGCCGCCUGGGCACCCUGGGCUACGCGUGGGCCUCGGUCCUCAGCAGCGCGGGCAGCGGCCUCCUCUACGCGCUCCUGGCCGGGCUGGGGGCGCCCGGGGCGGGCAGCGCCUGCGGCUACACCCCGGUCCACCUGGCCCUGCUGGCAUCGCGGCCCAGGGGACCGGGCCAGCUGGCCAAGGUGGCCCCGGCCUGCCUGCUGCUGCUCGGCCUGGGCCGCCUGCUCGGCCAGGAGGAGGAUUCCCCGCUCCUCCUCCACCUCUGCGCUCUGCUCUGGGGCCUGCUCUCUUCGUCGGGGAAGUUGCGGUGUCUGGAGCUGUCUGAGCGGCGGUUACGGCAAUGGCAGGACAGCGCGAUGUGCAGGGCCCUGAAGGGCCACUGGCUAGUCCGCUUUAUCCCCGCCCCGGGCCAAGCGGGGGUCCUACCCAUCGCCCAUCCAGCCAGGACCAGAUCUCCAACUCCAGUCAUCCCCCCGAACCCUCCCCGAAUCCUCGGCUCUGGCCCGCCGCGGCCCCCAGCCCUGGCAGGUGGGCCCUCGUGGCCCGGGGCCCCAGCUCUUUUUUGGCCACCCCCCGCCCCGGGCAACCCCCAAUCCCUGCCGACUCCGUGGCUACUGGCGGAGGCCCUGGAUGAGCGACUGCUGCAGGCCGGGAUCGAGGCCUCCCUGCUGGAGCCGGGGCCCCCGGGGCCCGGUGAGGAGCUGCGCCUUCCCAAGUCCUCCGUGUCCUCCCUGCGGCUGCAACAGCUGGAGCGCAUGGGCUUCCCCACGGAGCGGGCCGUGGUGGCCCUGGCGGCUACCGGCCGCGUGGAGGGAGCCGUCUCGCUGCUCGUCGGGGGACAGGUGGGGGACGAGGCGCUGGUGACCACGGAGGCCAGAGCCCAGCGGCUGGGAGAGGGCGGCGGCCUCGUGCCCCGGGGCCUGGGCCCCCCGCCCCCCGGCCCUUGACCUGGACCGGCCGGGACCCGAAGAGCCCCGAGGAGGACAGAGGUCGUGGCAUCUCUGCCGAAUCCCUGCCCCUGGGCCAGGGGCGGGAGUGAACUGGACAGGUUGUGGGUUGAGACCCCUGAUUUCUGCCCCAAAUGGGCCCAAGAGCCUGGGAGGGGGAA